UCCUGAGACGGGACUCUGCCCACCCCUUGUGUAAAGCAAUUUAAACCUGAUAGCACAUCAUCUGCCUAUCUCCCCUGAAAAUCUUUUUAGCUGGACUAUUAAGACAGUCGCUCUCUGCCACCGUGCAGAAGCGGAGCCAGUCAUGGCUUUUAUUUUUUUACGCGCAAACCUCCGUCCACCAAAUGUCCUGUGAUCCUUUUUAAUCCGAGCUUGAUUUGGAGACUGAACACACUUCUCUUAAUGUUUCAGAUUUUUCUUUCAUCCGUGGAAAUGCUCCGUCCAGAUCCAUAAAGGACCAAAGACUGGUUAAUAUGAACUUAUUGCCAAGUGGAAUAUGUUUUUAUUUAUCUGUAGCAAUCUGCUGGCUGACGGCCGAGGUCGAUGCGACCUGGUGGUACAUGGGCACCCUGGGCUCCCAGGUGAUGUGCGACAACAUCCCCGGCCUGGUGAACAAGCAGCGCCAGCUGUGCCGCCAGAACCCCCGGGUGAUGCAGGCCAUCGGGGCCGGGAUGAAGGACUGGAUCUCGGAGUGCCAGCACCAGUUCCGCAGCCACCGCUGGAACUGCAACACCACGGCCAGGGACCACAACCUGUUCGGACGCCUGCUGCUGCGCAGCAGCCGCGAGGUGGCCUUCGUUUACGCCAUCUCCUCGGCCGGCGUGGUUUACACGUUGGCGCGGGCCUGCAGCCAAGGCGAGCUGGACUCCUGCUCCUGCGAUCCCACUAAGAAGGGCUCGUCGCGGGACGCCAAGGGCUCCUUCGACUGGGGCGGCUGCAGCGACCACGUGGAGCACGCCAUGCGCUUCAGCCAGGCCUUCGUGGACGCCAAGGAGAGGAAGGAGAGGGACGCCCGGGCACUCAUGAACCUGCACAACAAUCGAGCCGGCAGGAAGGCCGUGAAGCGCUUCAUGACUCUGGAGUGUAAGUGUCAUGGCGUCAGCGGGUCAUGCAGCGUUCGGACCUGCUGGCUCGCCAUGGCCGACUUCCGACGCACCGGCGACCACCUGCGGAAGCGGUACAACGGCGCGGUGCAGGUCGCCGUCAACCAGUACGGCACGGGCUUCACUGCCGCGCACACACACUUCAAACGGCCCAGCAAGAACGACCUGGUGUACCUGGAGGACUCACCAGACUACUGCAUACGGGACCACGAGUCAGGGUCGAUGGGGACAGGGGGGCGGGUUUGUAACCGGACGUCCCGCGGGGUGGACGGCUGCGAGGUGAUGUGCUGCGGCCGGGGUUACGACACGUCGCGGGUCAGCCGCACCACCAAGUGCGAGUGCAAGUUCCACUGGUGCUGCGCCGUGCACUGCCGCGACUGCCACCAGCAGGUCGACGUCCACACCUGUAAGGGCCAGACGUGACGUGACCUCACCACCACCACCACCACCUCUGAACACUGCUGACCGCUCACACUGGGUCACGUCAUCACUACUGCCACUGCUCCUCUCGCUGGGCUACAGAUUCCUCCGUCUGUCGUCGUGUUGUGACGAUCACAGGAUAUUUUCUUCUUUUUCAGCCAGAACAAGAAAGUAAAACACAUCAGAGCAGGAAAUGUAAAAGGUUUUAGUUUAACGAUAAAGAGUCCAAACUUACAGAUACUUUCUACAGUGAAACCUGGUUUUCAAAGGUUGACUGGUUCAAUCGGAGACUUUAAAACUUCCCUCCACUUUCAGGUUUUUAAUCUUCAAACCCAAGACUGAGAAUUUAAAUAACCAGUAAAGAUCUGCUGAAAAUAUAUCUUAAGUUAUAUAAUCUACUGUAGAGUUGUCAGAUCGUUCGACACACACCGGUCAGUGAAAGACACAGUGAAAGAUAUUUUCCCACUUGUUUCACUUGUUAGGAUUAAGAUUUUUUUUCCAUUUUUAUCAGCAACCUGUGCACAACAUUACAGAGUCUUUAUGUUUUCAGUUUUACAGUAAAAUUUGAACUUCAAAGCACAUAAGAUGGACUGGAAAUCAAUCUGUACAUAUAAACACACUCGUUACCUGUAGCCUCCAAACCAGCCUAAAGAAGAGAACCACCAGUUUGAAAACACAAUCUGCUGUCCUGUGUCAUCCACAGCUCUUCUUCCUUCUGUCAUUUCAUUGUAUUUAUUUACUCUUUAAAAAUGUUUUAUUUGUGAAGAGACGACUCAAACAGGUCAACUAGAGUGUGUGAGAUGCUGAACUGGUAACACACACAGCUGGUUUAUAGUCAGAUCAGACGGGGCUUUGUUUGUUUGUUGAUGUAAAUAUGUGGUUGUGUAAAUUAAAAUCAGAUGUAUAGUGUAUGGAACAGCCAGACGAUCACAGGGGUGGAGCUUGAACUAAAGGAGGUUUUUUAAAGCGAUGCGUUAAAGGAAAAUCUGGAUUAAUACGAUUCUCUCAUGUUAAAGGAUAACUCUGGUGUCUCUUGAACUUUAUUUUCCCAUGUUUUUGGCUGUAAAUGGUUGAUUAUGGACAACUGGUCCAGUAUUGAGCUGAUUAGAAACCUGAGUUUUCCUUUUCUUUAUCUGCUUGACGUUUUCUCUUUUGGGUUCAGAUUCUUGGAUUUAUUUAUUCUUCUUUCCUGACAGCAACUGUUUUCUGCUUGUUUCUGUGUGAGCAGCAAGUCUGCCUUCAUUUUCAUCAAAAAGCUGUUAAUGCAGGUUAAGAGCAGACUGUAAUGUACUUUUGAGAAAAGACUAAUGCAGCCGACUCUUGAAACUUGCUACAUACAGAAAUCGGAAACCAACGCCUGCCUGGAAGAGUCAGAAAAACAUGUUCAAGUUUCUAAAAUCAAUGUUCUUCUUCUCCACGAAUGAUCAGCUUUGAGGAGGAGUCAUGUUUUGUAGCAAACCAGAUAAGAACCGCUCGUCUUUUCAAAAACAUUUCAUCACAUUUGUCUCAGAAAAAAGGAAGAAGUACCUGUUGGACGCAGGUAAAACUCUUGUACCUGUGGAGCGAGAUGUUAGCUUCAGGAAAACAUCAAGGAAUUAGAUGAACAUGUGACAGAUUCCACAGAUAAACAGUAAAACUUACCAGGUUGUGUUCUGCUGUUUCAACAUCCAGCUCCUACUUUAAAUCCCUCAGCAGCUCCGGCUGAUGAUUCAGACGUCUCUACUGGUUGAGGCAAUUUAAAAUCAAACUGCAGCGCUGCUCCUGUGAAUCUGACUGUGUGAAUCAAAAUGGCGGGAAGAAGCUGGCUUGCAGCAAUACACAAAAAGUCCUUUAUUGUAUUUUUUUGUCUUUUCAUUUUUUAAUGAUGGCAAUUUAUCACCUCUUUUUUUUUUUUUUUUUU